AUGGCAUCCCUGAUCGAUGUAAACAUAAUUUCAACUUGAACAUUAUUUUACAGCUGUUAAGAGAGCUAGUUUUAUUUUAAUAUUUCUAUUACGUUAACGUUCAUCUAUUUAAUUGAAAAUGGAAAGUAUUUUGGAGCCAAGUAGUUCUGACGACAAUAUGCCUACUGACAAGAAAGAUCUACAUUCGUUGCUGUCAUCCGAGGACGAUCUUUUCGAUGGACCACCUUCAUCUACGAUUAAAAUAGAACCGACUCAACUUCAGGAAGAUCCACGAUUGUCCUACUCGCUUAAAACUGAGUUCGAGGACAUAAUCUUCCCUGAGAUCGGACGAGAAAGCAUUACGGCCGAAAUGAUCAAUAGAGAUAAUCAACAAAAAGGCUUAGAAAGAGCUAAACGAAAAGAGAUUAAAAGCAAAAAAAUAAUGGAGGAGGAAGAACUAGAGAAAAUGCAAGUUCUAGUGUCUAAUUUCACCGAAGAACAACUGGACCGGUACGAGAUGUAUCGACGGGCCGCCUUUCCAAAAGCAGCUGUGAAAAGACUAAUGCAAACCAUCACUGGUUGCUCAGUAUCUCAAAACGUAGUGAUUGCCAUGUCCGGCAUAGCGAAGGUUUUCGUGGGUGAGGUAGUGGAAGAAGCACUUGAUGUUAUGGAGAGCACCAGUGAAACGGGUGCCAUUCAGCCUAAAUAUUUGCGUGAAGCAGUACGGCGUCUCCGAGCCCGGGGACAGAUUCCGAACGGAAGAGGGCACAAGCAAUUUUUCAAAAUGAAUUGAUGGCAUAUGCAAAUUAUUAUAACGAGUGCGGUUAAGUGUCAGUGUGUCACUAAUUUUAUGCUAAUUGCUAAUUUUAAAAUAAUAUA